AUGAUACAAUUCGUGUUCUGGAGCCGAUAUUAUCAGGACUUGGCGAAUGUGAACCAGCAAGUUAGCAAGACUUUCCUUGUCUCCAUAAAGACGAACUUAGUGGAGACGGAGAAUGGUGGACAUAGCAGGUGGAUCAAGAAGCAUCUUAUGACCGUCAACGAGAGAAAACUCGUAGCCAUUUUGGUAACGUUGGCAAAUUGCCCAAGCCAAAUAUGGUACUUCAUCUUUUUAAUCCAUGAUUACGGGUCCCCUCCGCUUUCAGGGAUGGAAGCCACUUCUUCUUGGGGAUAUCAAGUCGCCCCUCAGAAAUAUUUUUUACCAUUUUUAGAACUGAUUUUGCUGCAGCCCAUACAUCUUCCAUCUGGUAUUGGAAUCGUGAGAAAGAAAAAAGAAAUUGAGGCAGCAGCAGCAUUUCGCUUUUCCGCCUCGAACAAAGAAACAGGUAUUCCUAUCGUUGGUGUGAAGCCAUUAAUUACAACCCGACUACUUUGGAUGGAUGGAUACACCAUAGUGGAACCGCUGAAGCGGAGACCGGAUGCUGAUAUCGGGACUGUGGAAUAUCGAGGCAAAGCAGAGCCUGAACACCGGCAGGUACUGAGAUCAGAGUCAUGCAGAGCCUUGACCGCCCGCCGGAAACACAGAAAGGGCUGUAGAAACAACGGCGCCCCCCCGCCUAUCUGUGUAGAAAAAAAAACCAUUAACCAGUGCAGUAUAGCCUCCCUGGAACCAUUCUUGGUGCAGUCAUUUGAAACCGAAAAGCAAAAACAAAGAAACAGGGCAUCCAUGUUUGACGCGAAGGUCAAUAAAAACAAAACUCCAAAGCCCACAGAUUCGCUUGAAUGUGGAAUACGAACGAUAACAGGAAUGACCGGUGCCACGAUAUGUAAAACAAGGAAAUCUAUCAUGCAGGAUGGUCGCAAGCCUUGGGCCUUUUCGUCAGAUCCGGAGUGGCGCCGAUAUGCGUUCGAAAUAGCGAUAAGAAGAGAACGAACGUGCGCCUCGGGAAAAGUGAAAGCUCCAGAUCGAACCAUUGAAAGCUUGUCUCGCGAGGUGACCAAUCUUGGGCACACAGCUGAGGCCGAGGCUCAACAAGCAUCCGAAGUUGGGCAAAUGCGUUUCCAGAAUGAGAAUUGGAUGAGAACAAGCAACAACUUUUGGACAGAUGAAUCGCUCGAAAAAUGGAAUCCGGUGUUGAAUAUGUAUCAAGUGAAGGGGAGGGUUGGUGUUCGAUGCACUCUAGAAACGGAGGAAAUGGCGACUGGCAUAACCUUAAGCAAUCCGCAUCCCGAAUGCCGUCUGAGGAAUACCAAUUAG